UUGAUGAUGGCAGUGCAGCUGCUCAUUCAACAUGAUGGCUUGUGUUUUCACUGCUGGGGCUUUGCUGCUGGUUUUGCUGACUGGUCCAAGUUACAGCUUCCCUGCACAGAAAGGUAAUAAUCCCAGCUCAAGCAGCGGUCAUGGUGCAAACCCUCCUGCUGGCUCAAAUUGGGAAAUGCCUUCCUAUGGUAGCUAUGCCCCGUCAGCUUCUGGUUCGGGGGCUCUCUCAAAUCCAGCACCUGUGCAAGCUGCCCCAGACAACGAAUAUCCUUAUUCUCAACCCACUGGGCAGAAACAACCUAACUCUGCUGCACCUGUACCUUCAGGCUACGCUUUUCAACCAGCCGCUGUCCAAGAGGGCCCCUCAGCCUGGGCUGUUGAACCUCCUAGGCUUCCUUCUGAUGGAACUCGAUGGGUGUCCAGUAACCCUGAUCAUCUUUACUCCAGCAAUGUCAGCCCUUACUAUCCACAGUACCAGGGAGGUGAAUUGUCAAAGUAUGAAGGCGGCUUUGACCACAGCCGCUCUGAAUCUGAGACUGAAACGCAAGGCUUCCAGCAAUACCCUCGUGUUGCAGCAGUGGAAGCCCAACCAGAGUUCACCAGUGUUGUUCAGCCUCCCUUCCCUGGCAGAAGCUGGCCUUUUCUUCCUUAUCCUUAUGACUACGUGUUUAUGACCGGCCAGUAUCCUCCAGGCACAUUCACUCACUCGAGCCAAAGCUCUGAACAGGGAGCCAACCAGUGGCAAGACUCUCACUACAUUAGGUACCGCUUUCCCAGUACUCAGCAGGCUGAGUCGGUACCUGAGCUGCAAGCCCCUCAGACCUACAAUCAGCCCAGCCAACCUGUGGCGCAAAGCACUGGCGGUGUAUACUAUCCCUACCAAGGAGUUGGUCAGGGCAGCUCAACAGGUGGACAUGGAAUGAGCAAGGUUGGCUACUAAAUUGAUCCCUGCAUACCUGUUUGUGGUUUCAAUAAAGAUCUCUUUAACUUCA